GUGGGCGGAGGUUCGUGGCGUUGGCUCUUGGCGCAAUAGGGGAGAGUGCAGUACCUGGAAGGUCGAGGGGUCUCGAAGAAAAAGAGGAGGAGGGGGAAAGUCCCAGAAGCCUGUGUUUCAGCAUUUUUAAGGUCAUCUACACCUUCUGACUGGGAAAAAGAUGGUCAACGUCUUGAAAGGAGUGCUUAUAGAAUGUGACCCCGCCAUGAAGCAAUUUCUGCUGUACUUGGAUGAGUCAAAUGCCCUAGGGAAGAAGUUCAUCAUUCAAGACAUUGAUGACACUCACAUCUUCGUAAUAGCAGAGUUGGUUAAUGUCCUCCAGGAGCGAGUAGGUGAAUUAAUGGACCAAAAUGCCUUUUCUCUUACCCAGAAGUGAAAAUAUUAGAUAAUGACCACUUAGGAAUUAAAAGUAACAAAGUGAGAAACUCACCAUUCGAUGUCUUGUGUGACUGAUUAGAUUUAUAGAAUUGCUCGGAAGCAUGCGACAGGGAAGACUGUGGUAUCGUUUGUUCAUAAGAAAGCCCCUGAACUGACUUUCUUGUUCUGUUGUUUUCAGUGUGUGUACCCUAGAAUUAAAAAAAAAAAAAA